UCUGCUCUAUAUUCUCCAUUACUCUAUUUCGCUUCUUAAGAUCUGUAUCUUCAUUUUGUACCCCUUGAAUUUGUGGCUCCUCCUCGCCCGCCACCUCUCCCUUUCCGUCGCUCACCAUGGUGGAACGCAUCUUGAUGAACGAGUACAAGUCGUUGUCGCAGGAGCCAUGGGUUAAUAUCGAAAUCGAUGAACAGAACAUUCUCAACUGGAACGUGGGCCUGAUCGUCCUCAACCCAGACUCGCUCUAUUAUGGCGGAUACUUCAAGGCCUCGAUGAAGUUCCCGAGCAACUACCCUUAUUCUCCUCCAGAAUUCCGAUUCCUCCGUCCCCUCUAUCAUCCGAACAUCUACAAAGACGGCAAACUGUGCAUCUCCAUCCUUCACGCGCCCGGGGAGGAUGAGAUGUCGGGCGAACUAGCCUCGGAGCGGUGGUCGCCGGCUCAGCGAGUCGAAUCCGUCCUCAUAUCCAUCCUCUCGCUGCUCGACGACGCAGAGAUCUCCUCGCCCGCCAACGUGGACGCCUCCGUGAUGCUCCGCAAGAACCCCGAGCACUACAAAUCGAUCGUCCGUCAGCACGUGGAAGAUUCGAAGAAGGACAUCCCCGAGGGGUUUGUCAUGCCCACCCACCACACAACCUCGACGGCUAGAGCCAUCGAGAAGGACGACUCCGACUUCUGGGCGGAGAGCGAUGUCGACGAUGACGUGUUCGGAGGCAGCGACUCCGACGAAGAUCUGGAUGUGGAUGACGAGGACCAGGAGACAGGCAGUGAGGAGGAGGAUGAUGAUGAAGCAAGCAAGUAUUAGGAGGACCUCCUAACCGGAGCCCCCCUUGCGCAUUGCGGGUCUGCGACGGGCAAAUCUGCCAGACCUUUUCUCACGGUCUCUCUACUACUGACAUUGUACUCUCGCCUCCU